CUUAAAGGCUGUCUGUCUGUGUACCUGGUAGAAUCCGACGCAGCGUGAAACCCUUGGAACAUAAGUUCACCUUGCUCGUCCACAGUUAAAAAAUGGCUCGUCGCAUCGCAAAGAGCGCCAUUGACUGGGGCAAAUUCUUGGAGUACAUUCCUAAAGACGAGCUUGCGAACUUCCAGACGUUUAAGGCCAAAAGCGAAACCUACCUGCGUAACAUGUACGCUCUUCCGGAGAAUCUUCCCCAAAUUGACUUUUCGGUCUAUCGGAAACGUCUACCCAAUACUGCGCUGGUCGACGAGUUUGAGCAGAAGUACAAAGCGCUAAAGAUCCCUUACCCGACUGAUGCAGAGAGUAUACAGCAGAUCGAAGCUGAAACGAAACGCGCAAAUGAACAGGCAAAGCAGGACAUCGCAGAGUCGAAGCUUAGGAUCCAAUCCCAUCAGGAGCGCAUUGCCGUAAUGAAGAAAAUGAUUCCUUUGGAGCACAUGACCAUGGAGGACUAUUGGUUGGCUUACCCAGAAAGGGGAUUUAGACCUGACAAGCCUACAUUCUGGCCGCACACAGAAAAGUUCCAGGAGGAGGUUGCUGAGGGUCUAGAAGAACUCAAAGCUAGAUUGACUAAGAAGCAUUAAUGAGCGUACUAAGAAAGUUUAUAUGAUAUACAGACUGCGAUACCGACUGUACGGGCGGGAACGCACAAACGAUUGAGCAUUAGUCAGUUUGAGCCGUGAAAUUGUUUUAGCCUAUCAGGAUAAGCAUAAUGAGGUAACAACCUAAAGAAAACAAUGAAAACGAAUUAAAACCGUGUGAAAGAUUUUAUCGCUCUAAUAAAAUGAUAACUAUAAUACCAACGAACAUAUUCGAUAUAGGUAAGGAAAAUAAAGUACAGUUAUAGAAAUCAUAAAA